AAUGUCCGGUCUUUUACACACACACACACACUCACACACACGUAUAUUUCAGAUUCCCCUCUUUUUAUUAGUCAGGCAAAUUGAGGCCAGUGCAGGCACAUAUUCUAGUACUUGUACGCGCUCACAUAUUGAUCGCCUCGUCCGAGAAUAUAAGGAUAUAUAUUCACGCUUCGUUAUGUUGUGCUUCAUAAGUAGGUCAGGUUUCUCGCCGAGCCAACAGUCAUUUCAGGUUCAAACAGUACAGGCACAUUUGUGCAAGGCAUCAACUACAUGCAACCACCUAUUUACCCGUGAAGCGAUGAAUUGACCCAUAUACCGAACCGCAAGUGGCCCCAUAUAUAAAACCAUAAAGAGAAAGAGGUGGUAUGCGAUAUCACAGAGAAUAUCAUGUGGACUGAAUGACUCAAAGCAAUGGCUAACAUAGCAGUGAUCGGAGCUGGAGUUGUCGGACUGUCUACCGCUGUUAACAUCAUAGAGAGCGUCCCAGACGCUAGGGUCACUAUCUAUGCUGACCGAUGGUCACCUGAUACCGUCAGCGACGGAGCGGCUGGGUGCUUUGGGCCCAAACUUGGGGGUCCUAUGUAUCCCAUGGGCAUAGGAUUGGACCGUUUUAAAAUAUGGGGCAGGGAUUCAUUCAGGCACUACGACGCCGUGGCUCAUUCAGCAGACUCGUCAGAAGCCGGUGUCUUUGUCUUGUCUGGAUAUGAACUUUACAGCAAACCUGAGAACGUAUCCCCCUACAAUGCUACAGAACUGAUGUAUAACUACAGAGAACUCACCAAAGAAGAGAUGAAAAGGUUCCCUCCCAAGUACAAAGUUGGGUAUUUUGUCACUACGCUUAUGGCGGAGUGUCAACGCUACCUUCCGUGGCUUCUGAAACGUUUUAAGGGCAAAGGUGGUCACGUGGUACAGCAGAGGGUACAAACGUUGCAACAGUUCUGUGGUCAGUACGACCUGGUGGUCAACUGCACUGGUAUUGGGGCCAGAGAACUGCUGGGGGACACCGUCCUGAAACCCAUGAGAGGACAGGUCAUGCGCGUGAAGGCCCCGUGGAUUAGGCAUUACUACUUUACAGACAGUGACUGUUAUAUUUACCCUGGACAAGAUGCAGUUGUCUUGGGAGGAGUGAAACAAUACAAUGAAGACAGCUUGGAGGUGAAUGAGAAAGACAAAGCUACGAUAUUGAAAAACUGCUUGGAGAUGGUCCCCUCUUUAAAGGACGCAGAGUUCAAGUAUGACUGGGUCGGUCUUAGGCCGUCGAGGAAACCAGUUCGUGUGGAAUUGGAGGAAAUGAAAUUUGGAGACGAUAUCUUAAAGGUCGUCCAUAACUACGGCCACGGCGCCAGCGGGAUUGGCCUCAGUUGGGGUACUGCCGUGGAGGCGACACACCUGGUGAUGAAGGCAUUACGGAAGUUCCCUGCAAGUAAACUAUAGCGGCGUCCCGCACGCAUUGGAGCGACACCUAUGGAUUUUCCAAAGAACUUUGCGGGGCAUUUCAAGGUCUUAUUGUAUAAGAAGUGGUUAAAUGCACAUGCAUCAAUAUAUAGACUGACUUCAUUUGUUAUUUGUUAGAAUACAUAAUUUGAAAACAAAGACUAUUAGCAUUAUUUUAAGAUAAACACUAUUAUAUAAAAAUAGUUUGUUACAGGCUGUAACUGUAAUGGUAAGAAAGUGAAGUGGAAAUAAUUACAUAUCUUAUUGGGAUUUUUCUAAAAAAAGUAAAAAUUUGCAUAUGCACUUUGUCAUCUGUAAUAAACGAUUGUUUCAUUAGUACCGAGUGAUACUGUCGCAUUUUCCUUCGGUUUUGUUAGCAGCAACCCAUGCAUUAGUUUUUAAAACACAUCUUGUGGAUAAUCUUGUUUGUGACUAGAGAAUGACAAAAAAUUGAAAAACUAAGCAAGUAUUUUUUGUAAGUCCAUUGCGUUAAGUGUGAUGUAGAGUUAUCGAAAAAUACAUGCUGGGCGAUCUGGCCAUUGUGAAUAUUGUUUUCCCAACAGCACUUGGUAUUUCCCUGUGUGUAAUAUACAGUUCAUGUUAGAGUACGUCACUAAAAUUCUGUGAAAGUGUUUGAAUGGUGACUUUUGCCUAACUAAUGUUCAGUUUCACAUACACCAGUGGACACAAACUCGAGUGCGUGCUCGCACGCACAC